AAUAAAAGAGGAAAGGAAACUAAAAGUCAUGAUUCAGCUUUGGAAUCGAAACAAAAAGCUCUUCAAGAAAGAUUGAAUAUUCACAGAGAAAAUCAUGCUCAAUGCAAUCACAAUAUUGGAUUCACACAACAUAAGGUGAAAGACUACGAGUCGGCUUUAGAUAAAUAUCAAAAUGCUUUUGGAAAAACAUUAAAACCGUUUGGGAGAGAUCAUCCCGACACAGCUAAAAUCUAUCAGUGCACUGGAGUCAGACAGCAAGAGAUGAAGGAUUACAAGUCAGCAUUACAGUCAUAUGAACAAGCUCUUCAAAUUAGAUUAAAACUAUUCGGAGAAAAUCAUCCAAGCACUGGUGAAAGUUAUCACAGUAUUGCAGUCACAAAAAAUGCAAUGAAAUAUUACAAGGCAGCAUUAGAGUCACAUCAAAAUGCUCUUCAAAUCAGAUUAAAAAUUUUUGGAAACAAUCAUUCUGACACUGCUGAAAGUUAUUACAGCAUUGGAAUCACACAGCAUGAGAUGAAAGAUUACAGGUCAGCAUUAGAGUCACAUCAACAUGCUCUUCAAAUCAGAUUAAAAUUGUACGGAGACGAUCAUUCUGACACAGCUCAAAGUUAUUACAACAUUGGCGUCACACAACACGAGAUGAAAGAUUUCCAGUCAGCGUUAGAGGCGAAGAAAAAGGCUCUUCAAAUCAGAUUACAAUUGUACGGAGACGAUCAUUCUGACACAGCUCAAAGUUAUUACAACAUUGGAGUCACACAACACGAGAUGAAAGAUUUCCAGUCAGCAUUAGAGGCGAAACAAAAGGCUCUUGAAAUCAGAUUAAAAUUGUAUGGAAAGAAUCACCCUGACACUGCUCAAAGUUAUUACAGCAUUGGAAGCACACAAUAUUACAUGCAAGAUUACAUGUCAGCAUUAGAGUCAGAUCAACAUGCUCUUCAAAUCAGAUUAAAAUUGUAUGGAGAGAAUCAUCCCGACACUAUUGAAAGUUAUCGUGAAAUCGGGGUCACGCACCGUGCGAUGAAAAACUACAAGGCAGCAUUGGAAGUACAUCAAUAUGUUGUACAAACUAUAUCAAAACUGCAAGGAGAGUACCACCCUGAUACUGCUUUCAGCUUUUGCAGCCUUGGUCUCACACAAUGUGAGAUGAAAGAUUAUAAAUCAGCAUUAGAGUCACAUCGACAUGCUCUUGAAAUCAAAUUAAAAUUAUUCGGAGAAGAUUAUGCUGGCAUUGCAGAAAGUUAUGAUGACAUUGGAGAUACACAAUGUGAGAUGGAAGAUUACAUGUCAGCUUUAGAGUCCUACGAACAUGCUCUUCAAAUCAGAUUAAAAUUAUAUGGAGAGAAUCAUUAUGAUACGGCUAAAAGCUAUCAGGAUAUUGAACUUGUACAAGAUCGCAUGAAAAAUAACGUGAGCAUUAAACCGGAACAAAAGAAGUCGCCUGACUGGAUAAACUAUUUGUAG